UCCUCCGUCAACAUCCUUAUAUUCUACGGCACCGCUAAGAUUAUAGAUUUCGGUUUAUCCGCUUCAACAGAACAAAUUAUGUCUAGAUCAAGAAGUAUCGGUGCUGCAGCAUACAUAGAUCCCUUAUUAUUCAAAGAUCCGUCAUACGUCUGUGGGAAGAAGUCGGAUAUUUUCAGUCUUGGUGUAUUGCUCUGGGAAAUUUCUAGUGGUAGAGCUCCUUGCGCGGAAUGCAAGCAUCGGUUUCAGGCUUAUCAAUACAGAAAAGACGGUUAUCGCGAUCCUCCUGUUGCUGGAACACCUGAACCAUACAUUACAUUAUAUUCAGAAUGUUGGAGUGAAAACCCUGACGAACGACCGUUAUGUGAAGAAAUAUGUAAGCGCUUAGAAAAAUUAUUACUCGAUAAUCAAAAUCUGUCCGCAUUAGAAGAAAUACCGUACGAACCACAGGAACAUCGAUCUACCAAUCCGUAUAAGAAAUGGAUAGAAGAAGCCAUAAAAAGAGGGCUUGUUAAUCGUUAUUCAAAAAAAGAUGUAACUAUAAACCCUCGGCCUCAUGAUGUCGGUGGAUAUGGCCUUGUGUAUAAGGCGACUAUGAAAAAACAAAUGAUGACCAAAUCAAGAGGUAAAGGCAAUGUAGCAUACAUUGAUCCCAUGUCGUUUAGUGGACAUUAUAAGCGUGGGAAGAAGUCGGACAUCUUCAGUCUUGGAGUGCUGCUCUGGGAAAUUUCUAGUGGCAGGAUUCCUUGUUACGGACAUUGGCAUACUUCAAAAGUUAUCCUCUUCAGGCUAGAGGGUGGCCGUGAUCCUCCCUUUCCUGAAACGCCUGAAGCAUAUGUUACAUUAUAUUCGGAAUGUUGGGGGGAAAACCCUGACAAACGACCAUUAUGUGAAAAUGUAUACGAACGCUUAGUAUGUUUAUUAGAGAAUAGUUAA